UAUCUACCUUACUAACAAAAAAUAAUCAAUAAAACGAACGAAACACGAAAACUAAAUGGCCGCGGUCUCAACAAUGCAGGCAAAUUUCCUUCAGGUGUUGCAUUCUCCAUGCCUCGUCGGCAGACUGGUGAAGGACCAGAGUGGUCAGCCGUCUAUAUUUAGGGCAAACUUCACCUAUAUGCUUGUGUAGUGGGCUAUGACAAACGGCCGCAUACCAGAGCAAGUCCACCUUUGCGUAAACUGUCGGCUCUGUUCGCCAGUAGUGCAGUGAAGCACGAUAGUGCUUGUGCCUGAACACUUCACCUAGACACGGACUCGAAGACUUGAGGAUACCAGAUAAGUGACAGGACAAACUGAAACACUCUGAUGUCAGCAUAACGUACAUUCAUAGUUCGGACAGGUAAACAGUUACAACGCGAUUUACCUGGAGUUUACCUGCGACGCGAGGAUACAGUGAUAGCGCUCGUCCCUCUCGGGGUCCACAGAUGGUCGUUUUAACUUCGCCUGUCAUCUAGGCAGUGGACAGGCCCGCGUAAAUUGACAAUUAUGCUUCAUCUCAAGAUGCUGUCGUUGUGGAAAUUGUGUAUUAUUGUGCUAUUGUUUGAGUAUUGUUCGUGUCAGAAUGCAUGUGAGCAGCCGAAUGUUGCAGGAAUUGUUGUCGGGAGUGUCUUUGGGACACUGGCGGUUGUUGCUCUGAUUCUUGGAGUUGUAGCGUUCUUGCUGUGGAGACGAAACAAAGUUUUUAAAUCUGGUCCAAAGAAAACACGGAAAGUAAAUUCUAGUGGAUUAUCAGAGGACCGAACGUCUCCCGAGCAUGACGGCCAUGUUAACCCAGCAUUCAGCGACAACCAACCCGAUAUAUCAGCUGCUGAGGCUGGAUUCGGAGGCUACGUCCAGUGUGGGGAAUACGUCCCGAACACCGAUAGAAAGAAGUCUCCCAUCUCCAAAGAUGAUAAACGAAAAACAUGGACAUCCCUACCCCAGCCGGAUCUGCCGGAACUCCUUCAGCGCCAUGGAUCCUGUGGUUCCCUGGAUGACAAUUACCUGAACGGCAUGAAUAAGAAGUUAAAAAAUACACAAAGCCCUGUUUCAGGAAACGACCCUGAGGUGAUCAGCGUAUGGCUUCAGAGCCAGGACUUCAUCGGCCUUGGCUUCAACAUCUCCGGCAACAUGCGUGAUGGCAUCUUCGUCAGCCAUGUCCACAACAGAGGGCCAGCCAUUGAGUCAGGCAGGGUCAAAGUUGGGGACCGUAUCAAGAGUGUGACAAUCUCCUUUGAAAGCAUGGUGUAUGAAGAUGCUCUGACGAUCCUCAGCUACGCAUCCCCAUACCCAGUCAAGGUCACUCUUCUGAAGGAAAAGGUCAUGGUCAAUGACCGACGUCUCUCUGACUCCAACGAGAACUUGAGUCACCCUCUAUAUCGAAGUCAGUCUCUUGAUGCUCUUCAACAUAUUGGCAAAGAACCACUUUUCAAACCAAAGCGCACAUUGAGUGAGAUGAAACCCGAAACCAGAAAAGAUUCUGCAAGAGCAAAGAAACUUCAAGAACUUCAGAAUGAGGCUCUACUUGAAGGGGCUCUUGAUCAGUCUCCUGAUAGCAAACCUAAGCAGGAGAGGGUAGUGGACUUCACAACGCCACCAAAUGGUCAGAUGAACACAACACUGUCAGACGUAACAGUCCACACAGAGGAUGAAGGUCAACAGAGGUCAGGGCUGGACUUCCCAGACAUUGGCAUCCCAAACUUUGAUUUUGCACAAGAAAAGGAAGAACCCGUGUUUGCUGAGCAGUCUGCCAAGUCAGAGUCAUCUGUGCAACGUUCUGUUGGUGAGCGAAACAUCAACAGUUCUGCUGCUCUUGAAUUUGCCAGUCUGAUGGAUCAGAUGCUGGACCUGAAGGAUGCUGAAGCAGCUGGAACAGAGAUAGCUGGGAAGAUACCAGAGGUGUCAGCUGAAGUUGCAUCAGAGGCGAACACUACACCCAAAACUCCCACAAAGCCUCAGCGCAGGAAGCGACCGUCCAGCAGCACCAGUCCUAAUAGUACCAUGUCAUCUGAUUCUCUCAUCCAACCAGAGUUUGCUUUCAAUGUCAAGUCACCUGUGAAGAUGGAGAAUGUUGCACUAGAGGACAUCAUAGUGUCGUCAGCAGUCAAAAGUGUUGCAAGCGCCCCAAGAGUCUGGGAUGAUAGAGAGGAAGUAACAGAAGAUGAAAUUGUGCCAGAGGCUGCAAAGAGGGAGAUUCAUAUUGGUAGUGACAAUAUUCAGUUUUCUCCAAAGGAAAUAGAGGCUUCUAGUCCACAAAGACCUCCAUCUCCUUUAGAUGACCUUCAGAAACUCGGUCUGAGCAUGAGAACAGCUCGAGUAAAGUCUCCCGAGGGAGACCCUGUGGUUGAAGAUUUUAUAGAGGCUGUUGUAGCUAAAAGAGAUUCUUCUGCUCCUCCACCAAGAAUUAUUCAUGAUGAAAUUGUGGCUGCAGAGUCAUCGGCAAACUUUUCAGCUCCCAAAUUGGAUGUGUCUGUGGAAAAGAAGAAUAAAGAUAAUCAAAAGAAACCUCCAGAGCUGGAUGAGGAAAUGUUGGAACAAAUCAUUUCCAUGAAUGCCCAGCCUCCAGGCACAUCAGCUCUGAACUGGAGGAAUGAUAAUGACAUUCAGACUUUUGAAAUUCCUGAAAAGGAUCGCCCUACCUCUCCCAAGGGAAUAGCAUAUGAAAUAAGAGAUGAUAUUAUGACUGGUUUGCCCAGAGCUGUUGAUCUUAACAAAAGCAAUAUAGCCAGAACUAUGUCUUAUGAUCUGAGACUUUCUGAUAAGAGAGACGAUAAGGGAUCCAUGCUCAGGGAUGAUCUAAACAGUACCUCAAGUGAAAGAAUAGAAUCACUGGACUGGUCUGGUAAGAGACUUGUGCGUUCUGGCUCAUUUACUGACAUUCCUCAAAAUGCCUCUGCAAGUGACUGGACAGGACAGAACUUGUCUAGUGAAGGAUACAUUAGGAUCAGAUCUGAUGUCAGGGAUUCAGAUUCAGACUCGGACAAGGUGAUAAAGAAAACCACAGAUAUCUUUGCACCUCACGAGAAUCUGGCCAAUUUGUCGGACAUGUCGGACGCCCUGUCACCUCUGACCAGCAGGAGUGCUUCUCCGCCAGAAACAGCCAAUGGGCAGAGUCUUCAGUUUAGUUCCACAGAACGAACAGUGUUAAAGAACAACAAUAUUGAUGGUCUGCCAUCUUUGGAGAAAACGUUUGGAAGUAAUAUAUCGUCUGACAAGAAGGGGGGUUACAACAUUAAACUGUCCAUGGAUGGGAAUGAAGAUGAGGAUGUGGAGUGCUAGAGUGUUGAAUGCCAGAAGGGGUUUGGACCUCUUUGUAGACAGAUUCACUAAGCCAAAGAUACCCAGUGGCCAUUGAAGGGUGUGUUAUGCUCAGGUGAUGGCAUUCAGUGCAAUGCUGAUAAUUCAGUAAGAGCAUGACGUCCAUGGUUGUGUGUGUAGAUGGUGUGCAGGCAGGUGGAGUCAGGUACUGUAGGACUUCAUUGCCCACAUUUAGCAUUACGUAGGUUCAGGAUUCCAGGGCCAGGAAUAAAUAGAACUACAUGACCACUAGAGAUUGGUUGGCUUUUUGGAGUCAGAUGAUAAUACUGUUCAGGUGUG